CCACACCGGGGACCUUAAACCCACCCCUGGCUCAGCUCCGGACACACAACGUCCCCGGCAGCACCAUGAGAUUGCUUUUGCUCCUUCUGGGGCUCAUCACCCUCGGGGCAGAGGUGGGCGCUGUACCUCAGGAAGAGGGAGAGGAGCCCCAGAAGCCAGGGAGGUGCCCGCGGGACUUCACACGCUGCCUGCGCCUGGAGCCCCCGCUCUGUGCCGAUGACUCCAGCUGCCCUGGCUGCCACAAGUGCUGCCUCCGAGAGUGCCGGCUUCGCUGCACCACCCCGGCACAAGAGAAACCCGGCGCCUGCCCGGCGGCAGCCCCCGAGGGGCUCUUCUACCCCUGCUCCUUCCCGUGCCUGGAGGACCAGGACUGCCUGGGGAUGCAGAAGUGCUGCGCGCUGGGCUGCGGCUCUGCCUGCCUGGAGCCGGUGCAGGACCAACCCAAGCCCGGGGAGUGCCCCGCGGCGCAGCCGGGGUCGGAGAGCCCGUGCCAGGAGCGGUGCCGCGGCGACAGCGACCGCCCCGACGUGCAGAAGUGCUGCAGCAGCAGCUGCGGGGGGCAGCGCCUGCCCCCAGCCCCGGCCGGGGACACCAGCCCUGCCACAGCCACCCCGCAGCAGCCCCAGCAGCAGAGGUGCCGCCAGGACCAGGACUGUCCCCCCUCCGAGGUGUGCUGCCACCAGCAGUGCAGCCGGCAGCGCCACGCACGCAGCCAAGAGGCCCCCACGGCCACAGCAGCCUGGCAGGAGGGAGCGAGGUGCCAGAGUGACGGGGACUGCAGCAGCAGGGAGAUGUGCUGCGACGGCCGGUGCGCGGGGUCCUGCAGCACCGUGCACCAAGAGAAGCCCGGCUUCUGCCCUGCCCGUGCUGGGCUGUUCCCCAGUUACGACUGCAGAGCCUGGUGCUGGCACGACGCCGGGUGCCCCGGUGAGGAGAAGUGCUGCCUGCGUGGCUGCGACUACGUCUGCCUGCCCCCGGCCAGAGAGAAACCGAGCAUCUGCCCUGUGGCCCCGGAGGCACCAACCGCUGCGGCGCCAUGCGGCACUGCCUGUGCUGGGGACUGGCAGUGCCCGGGGGAUGAGAAGUGCUGCAGCAGCACAUGUGGGCACGUGUGCUCAGCCCCUGAGCGAGACAAACCCGGCGAGUGCCCGAGGGUGAGGCCGCGGCAGGCACCGGAGCCGUGUGAGGAGGAGGAGGAUUCCUGCGCCCACGACAGGGACUGUCCCCGGCAGGAGAAGUGCUGCUUCUCCGGCUGCGCCAUGCGCUGCGUCCGCCCGGCCCGAGAGCACCCCGGGCAGUGCCCUCGGGCAGAGCCGUGUUGGGACCCGCGGCGCAGGCGCCGGAGCCAGUGCCUGGACGACAGCAUCUGCGGGCGAGCCGAGAAGUGCUGCAACACCGGCUGCGCCUGGGAGUGCGUGGCCGUGCCCAGAGAGAGCUGGGACAGGGAUGGCGGCCAGUGCAUGGAGGAGUGCGAGACUGACUCACAGUGUCCCCAGGGACAGAGGUGCACCAGCAAUGGCUGUGGCCACGUCUGCACAGACAUCCCUGGAGGCAGAGUGGGAACAUGCCCCAUCCCCAGGGAGGCAGGGACGUGCCUGGACCUCUGCAGCUCCGAUGAGGAGUGUCCCUGGGGACACAAGUGCUGCAGCAAUGGCUGUGGCCAUGUCUGCACCCCCGCCUCUCUGCAAGAGCGCGAGUCCGCGGCCGUGCCCUGGCACGGGGCCGAGCGGUGCCCGCAGGAGUGCGAGGCCGACUCGCAGUGCCCCAGGGGCCAGCGCUGCACCCACAGCGGCUGCGGCCACGUCUGCACGGACACCCCCAGAGAUUCUGCAUGA